AUGCUACUUUUUACAAAGGUCGCCGCCCCCAAGGCGCCGAAGAGGAGAUCCCGAGCAGGUUGCACAUAUUGCAAGGAGAAGAAGAAGAAAUGCGACGAAACACGUCCACAGUGCUCGCGCUGUUCGGAGCGUAGCCAGGAUUGCACCUAUGAAGCCGUGAAGCCGCGCCAGCGGAAGAAGCGUGACUCGACCCCGGGCGAGGGUCUCGAUCUCGAAUCACGCUACCUGCGCCGUCCGUCUCUGUACGGCGACAGCCAGCACCUAGAAUAUCAACAGGGCGACGACACGUCGUCCAAGGGGGAUUCAGACGAAGCGGUGGCCGACGACAUGGACGCAUUGGCCAGUUCUCUCCAUGUCAACUGGAGCGCCGCCUCGGAUGUGCCGCUGAUCUCGCCCCUGGAUAUGCCUUUUGACUUUCCCAUCGAAGAAGAAGUGGAAGAGGAUGUCGACGAAGAAAUUGUCCGGAUGAGCCCUGCCCCCCCGACCAUGGCGGUGACCCGCGCUCAACGCUACCCCGACUUGGCCAUGAUUGCACCGGCACCCUUGAGCCCGCCGCAUUUGGAGUUCCUGAUGCCGGUUUUCAGCGAGUUCUCUGAUUGCGCCAACAGGCGGGCCCUUGUUGACCACUUUGCCAAUGUCCUGUCGCAUCUCAUCGUGUUGCGCGAGACCGAGUCUGGCAACCCGUUCCAGCAACUGGUGCUGCCCCUCUGUUACAGCAGCACGACGGUGCAAAAUGCUAUCUAUGCUCUGUCGAGCGCUCACCUGGAGCACCGCGGAAGUGGCAAGCACGAGGAGAAGUCGCUCUACUUUCACAACCAGGCCAUCCAGGGCCUCGCUCGACUGAUUGAGAUGGGACCCAAGGCCGACCGGGAGGAGUUACUGGCCGCCAUCAUGCUGCUAGUGUACUUUGAAGUGCUGGUCCAGCGCGGGCGUUCGAACAUUGUUGAUGGUCAUCUCAAGGGUGCCAUGACCAUCAUGAGCCAGAAUGAUCAACCCCCCAGCGCGACAAGCGCGUUUCUUGAGCGAGCUUUCCGUUUCUACGACGUCAUUGCCGCCCUCUCCUUUGGCAAAGCACCGAUUUCCACAGCCCCAGCAGCUGCUUCCCUCAACUCCUCUUCGAACCCGGACCCGACCGACCCUUCGUCGCAAAACGGCGUUGACACUCUUCUUGGGCUGUCCGCCUCGCUCUGGCCGAUCCUCCAUCGUUUGUCAAACCUCCUGUCGCUCAAGAAGGAGUUGGAAGCCGCCUUGGCCUUGCCAGAGUCAAACGGGCCCAAGCUGGCCGUGCUCCGCACUGAAUUCGAAACAACUGCCGACGCCAUCGAGUCGGCCCUGCAGAACUGGCAACCCACGCUGCCCGGGGGCCUCACCGUGGACGACCUGAUUGCCGGUGACGCUGACGGCUUCGGAAGCACGGUGCCCGAAUCACCCGAUCAAGCACACCUUCAGAGCAUCCUUCACAACGCGCUGGCACACCGACAGAGUGCGUUCGUGCACCUCUAUCGCCACAUCCACGGCCACCCACGACACCACCCACGAGUGCAGUGCCAUGCGCACGCAAGCCUGCAACACUGCGUUGCUACCGUGUCGCACGCCGGGCCUAUGGCUGCGCUGCUGUGGCCGCUGUUUGUGGCGGCGUGCGAGGCCAUGACCCCUGAAGAUCGCGAGAUGGCGCGGCACGCGUUCGUGGCAAUUGAUCGCCGGCAGGGCAUGACGAACAUCGAGAGGGGCUGGAUUAUUGUCCAGGAGGUCUGGCGACGGUCCGAUUUCAUGGAUGCCGAGGGUGAUCUCGAAUCCCGCCUAUCACAGCAUCAGACGAUGCUACCCGCCGGCAUGAGCAACGGCGGGGAUCUCUGGAGGCGGGUAAGCGAGGACAUGGGCGUCACGAUCGUCUUUGGGUAA